UAGUGUCUUUAUAUUGUGCCGCUGAUAUGCUAUUUUGAAAUCAGCUGCAAUCUAGAAAAGCAAACAGUAAUUAACAUUUCGAGGAGUCGCUGUAAUACUUCUUAAAUCUCCAUUUUAAACUAGUUUAGACGAGCAUUUUCGCCAGCUUCAAAUAAAUAUCUAUCUUAAUACCAAAUUCAUUGACAUUUCUGGUGGUUCCCCCAAGGGAAACAAAAUAUCAACAAUGGCAAGCAACAACAAUAGUUGGGGAGAUCAAUUAGAUGCACCCGUGGGCUUGAAACCCAAAAUAAAAUCAAAUUUAAAUCCAUAUGCCAAAGAAUUUUAUCCAUCGUACAAAUUGCAAUCACCAAAGCUUCAAAAAUCAAAGUUGAGCGGCAAUAUGGAAGCUUGUGUGCAUAGCACGAUUGAGGAAAAAACAACAAAGACCAACACUACACAAUUUAUAGCUCUAAGCAGUUUAGAUGGACAAGUUAUAAUGAUAAAAUACACAGAUACCGUGCAAACUUCAAAACAUGUAAUGACAAUGUGUCUCGCAAAAAAUAUCGCAUCUCCAACAUGUAAUUGUUGCAGUAGUAACAAUAAAAAGUUUCGGGCUACGCUAACUGAAGCUGCAAAUCAAAAUUUACAUUGUUCUAAAACUGUCCUUGGGAGAAAAGUUUUGGCUGAAGAUAAUUUCUUCGAUUUUAACAUUGGGCUAGAAAGAGAUUUUCGAUACCAAUAAAAUGAUCUAUGCAAUCCCCACCAAAGAAACAUGUUUGCGGUACUUAUGGACUUAUGCCAACAUCUUUGAAAGCCCUGAAAUUCAAACAAGCAAAUAUGGAUUUAUAGGCACUGUUAUUUUAUUUACUUUUAAUUUUAUGUGGAUUUUGUUAAAACGUUGUUUGAAUUUUAUAAAGCGUUGUUGUUUUUGUUUUUAUGACAUUUUAUAAAAACCUGUGUCUUAACUAAUGUUGCGUGAA